AUGGAUCAGCAUGAAGACGAAUGUCUUCCGGGUACUCGGACCAAACUUCUUAACGAGAUUGCAGAAUGGGCGGUGUCACCGCAAGGAAAGUGUAUUUUCUGGUUAAAUGGGAUGGCAGGGACCGGGAAAUCGACAAUCUCGCGCACUGUUGCUAAACGCUUUCAACAAGAGAAGGUACUAGGAGCAAGCUUCUUCUUUAAGAGGGGCGAGGGGGAUAGAGGAAAUCCGAUAAGACUUUUUCCGACAAUCACAAGACAGCUAGCAAAGAGGAUUCCCCAAUUGGUCCCGAGUAUUCAAAAAGCAAUCCACGACCACGUUGACGUCGGAAACAAAGGGCUAAAGGAGCAGUUUGAUACAAUACUCCUUCAACCUCUACUGGAAUUGGAUUCAUCCAUUCACCCAAUCCCAAAUGUGGUCAUAGUCAUUGACGCACUAGACGAAUGUGACGUGGAGAGUGAUAUACGUCUUAUACUCCAAUUACUACCGCAGCUACAAAGUUCAGAGACUAUGCGUCUGCGAGUUUUUUUGACCAGCAGACCAGAACUACCUAUUCGUCUGGGAUUCAAAAAGCUUGCACACCAAUAUCAUGAAGACUUGAUUCUCCAUGAAAUUCCUAAAGAGGCUAUCGAGCAUGAUUUAUCAUUAUUUUUGAAUCAUCGAAUUAAAGAGAUUAGAGCAGAGCGAGAGCCUCCCCUGCCUAUCAACUGGCCUGGGGCUGCAAAUGUCCGGAAAUUAGUAGCACUGUCUGUUCCGUUGUUCAUCUUCGCCGCUACGAUAUGCCGCAUAUUCGAAGACCCUGAUUGGGACCCAGUGGACAGUCUUCCAGAAAUCCUGACAUCACAAAGGGAUGAAUCUAAACUGGAUGGAACUUAUCUUCCUGUGCUUAAUCGGCUUCUUUACAGACAAACCGAAAGCAAGAAAAAGAAGUUGGUCCAAGAAUUUCAUCAAGUGGUCGGUGCAAUCGUGACAUUAGAGAGCCCACUUUCAAUUAUCUCACUGUCAAGACUCAUCGGCGUCUCGGAGAGGUUUGUUCACCUCAGACUCAACCCACUACACUCAGUUCUGAGUAUACCAAAAGACAAGACCUUACCGGUACAACUCUUUCACCUAUCAUUUCGAGACUUUCUUCUUGAUCCGGAAACGCGUGAGAAGACUCCUCUUUGGAUAGAUGAGAAGGGAACGCACUAUAUGUUGGCCACUCAAUGCCUCCUUGUGUGUCGGGGCUUAAGAAAGAAUAUAUGUGGGCUAACAAGUGAUGGAACACAACGUGUGGAGAUUAAUCAGCAGGCUAUUAAUGACUGUUUCGCUCCAGAAUUGCAAUAUGCCUGUCGUUAUUGGGCACACCACCUGGUACGGAGCAAUAACCGCCAUAUUUUGAUGCGUGAAGCAAUGUUGUUCCUUCAGGUGCAUUUUUUGCACUGGAUGGAAGCAAUGAGCAUCCUAGGCCGCAUCUCUGAUGUUGUAGGGAUCAUCAAUCUUUUGCACACAGUCACACAGGGCGAGAAGAACUCUUCACUAUCUGAGUUUCUGCAUGACGCAAAUCGCUUUAUCCUCAAGAACAGCCAGAUAGCCGAUCAUGCGCCGCUUCAACUUUACUGCUCAGGGCUCAUAUUUGCACCCCAAAAAACGAUAGUCCGUAGACAGUUUCAAAAAGAACUGCCUGACUGGAUACGUCAGUUGCCAGAGGUUGAGGAAAUCUGGAGUGCGGAACUGCAGACUCUCGAGGGUCAUUCGCUUUCGGUUGAGUCGGUGGCAUUUUCACCUGACGGCCGGCUGCUGGCAUCUGGCUCCGGCGAUGAGACAGUAAAGCUCUGGGACACGGUGACAGGCUCCCUACAACAGUCUCUCGAGGGUUAUUCGCUUUCAGUUCGGUCGGUGGCAUUCUCGCCUGACGGCCGGCUGCUGGCGUUCAGCUCUGACGAUGCGACAGUAAGGCUCUGGGACAAGGCUACGGGCACCUUCGAACAGGCUCUCCAGGGUCAUUCGAAUUCAAUUCAAUCAGUGGCAUUUUCACCCAAUAGCCGGCUACUAGUGUCCGGCUCCAGCGAUCGCACUGUUCGGCUCUGGGACACAGUAACAGGCGCCUUACAACAGACCCUCAAGGGCCAUUCGAAUUCAGUUCAGUCAGUAGCAUUCUCACCUGACGGUUGGUUGCUGGCGUCCGGCUCCCAUGAUCGUACUGUACGGCUCUGGGACACAGCGACAGGUACCUUGAAACAGACUCUCAGGGGCCAUUCAAAUUCAGUUCAGUCGGUCGCAUUCUCACCCGACAACCGGCUGCUGGCGUCUGGCUCUGACGAUGAGACGAUAAGGCUCUGGGAUGUAGCAACAGACGCCUUAAAACAUACUCUCAGGGGCCAUUCGAAUUCAAUUCAGUCUGUGGUAUUCUCCCCCGGCGGCCGGCUGCUGGCCUCCGGCUCUCGAGAUAAGACGAUAAGGCUCUGGGACAUAGCAGCAGGUACCUUACAACAGACCCUCAAGGGUCAUGCAGAUUCAGUUCAGUCAGUAGUAUUUUCGCCCAACGGCCGGUUACUGGUGUCCGGUUCCUGCGAUGAGACUGUUCGGCUCUGGGAUACAGCAAUAAACGCCGUACAACAGACCGUCAAGGGUCAUUCGAGUUCAGUUCAGUCAAUGGCAUUCUCGCCCGAUAGCCGGCUGCUAGCGUCCGGCUCCAGUGACCACACUGUUCGGCUCUGGGACGCAGUGACAGGCGCCUUACAACAGACCCUCUGGGGCCAUUCGAAUUUAGUUCAGUUGGUGGCGUUCUCGCCCGACAGCCGGCUGCUGGCGUCUGGCUCUGACGAUGAGACGAUAAGGCUUUGGGACACGGCUACAGGCACCUUAGAACAUAUUCUCAGGGGCCAUUCGAAUUCAGUUCAGUCGGUGGUAUUCUCCCCCGGUGGCCGGCUGCUGGCCUCCGGCUCCAGCGAUCGCACUAUCCGGCUCUGGGAUACAGUGACAGGUACCUUACAGCAGACCCUCAGGGGCCAUUCGAAUUCAGUUCAGUCAGUGGCAUUCUCGCCUGACGGCCGGCUGUUGGCGUCCGGCUCUAGCGAUCGCACUGUCCGGCUCUGGAACAACGUGGCAGCCCUAAAAAAGAACCUAAGACAUCAUUGGAAUUUAGUUCAGUCAGUGGCAUUCUCGCCUGACGGCCGGCUGUUGGCGUCCGGCUCCAGUGAUCGUACUGUCCGGCUCUGGGAUACAGUGACAGGUGCCUUACAGCAGACCCUCAGGGGCCAUUCGAAUUCAGUUCAGUCAGUGGCAUUCUCGCCUGACGGCCGGCUGUUGGCGUCCGGCUCCAGUGAUCGUACUGUCCGGCUCUGGGAUACAGUGACAGGUGCCUUACAACAGACCCUCAAGGGCCAUUUGAGUUUAGUUCAGUCAGUAGCAUUCUCACCUGACGGUUGGUUGCUGGCGUCCGGCUCCCACGAUUUCACUGUCCGGCUCUGGGACACAGUGACAGGUACCUUGAAACAGACUCUCAGGGGCCAUUUGAAUUCAGUUCAGUCGGUCGCAUUCUCACCCGACAGCCAGCUUCUGGCGUCUGGCUCUAACGAUGAGACGAUAGGGCUCUGGGAUAUAGCAACAGACGCCUUAAAACAGACUCUUAGGGGCCAUUUGAAUUCAGUUCAGUCGGUGGUAUUCUCACCUGAUGGCUGGCUUUUAGCAUCCGGCUCCAGCGAUCAUACUGUUCGGCUCUGGGAUACAGUGACAGGUACCUUACGUCAGACCCUCACGGACCAUUCAAAUUCAGUUCAGUCGGUGGCAUUCUCACCUGACAGCCGGUUACUGGUUUCCGGCUCCCGCGAUGAGACAGUUCGGCUCUGGGAUACAGCGACAGGUAACUUACAAGAAACCCUCAAGAGCCAUUCGUAUUCAGUUCAGUCAGUGGCAUUCUCGUCCGAUAGCCGGUUACUUAUAUCUGGUUCCCACGAUGAUAAUGUUCAGCUCUGGGACACAGCGAUAGGUACCUUCCAAGAGACCCUCGAGGGCCAUUCACUUCCAGUUCAGUCGGUGAUAUUCUCGUCCAAUGGCCGGUUACUGGUAUCCGGUUCCCGCGAUGACACUGUUCGGCUCUGGGACACAGUGACAGGCGCCUUACAACAGACCCUCGAGGGCCAUUCACUUCCAGUUCAGUCGGUGGCAUUCUCGCCCAACGGCCGGUUACUGGUAUCCGGUUCCCGCGAUAACACUGUCCGGCUCUGGGACACAGUGACAGGCGCCCUACAACACACCUUCAGUAUCGGCGGGGUGGUCACUAAUCUCGAAUUCUCUCAUGAUGGUUCGUAUCUCAGCACCAACCUAUGUUCCCUCGAUAUCCGGUUCAGGCCUAGCUAUCAUACCUCCAAUCUAUCUCCGGCAAAGCUGGGGCUAUUUGUACAGCAGGAACAGUGGAUAGUCUUGAACGGGGAACCAGUUCUAUGGCUUCCCCUCUAG